AUGAUUUCAAAAAACCAGAGAAUGAUUACUAAUCAAAGAAUUUUACAAACCAUCUUCAAGAUGAGGAAUAUCAAAUCAAAUAAGAGGAUUUUUGACUCAGCAAAAAUAAGAAUGUUUGGCAAUACUCUUAAUUUACCAUCACUUCCUGUGCCUACACUUAAUCAAACAAUUGAAAAAUACUUGAAAUCAGUGACUCCAUUCUUGAAUGAAAGUGAACUUAUCAACACCAAAACAAUACUUAAAGAAUUUAGCUCUCCCAAUGGAAUUGGUAAUAAUUUACAAGACCUACUCAUCCAAAAAGCAAAUUCCUCUGAGAAUUGGUUAGCUGAAUGGUGGUUGAAGACAGCCUACCUGGAAUAUCGGGAACCUGUUGUAAUUUUCUCAAGCCCUGGACUUGUUUUCCCACUUGAAGAUUUCAGUAUUGAAGAUGAGAGGGUAGUAUAUACUGCUAAGUUGAUAAUGGCUGCUCUAGACUAUAAGUUUACAAUUGAUAAUGAUCAGCUCCCACUAGACAAAAUGGGCAAAGAUCCAUUGGACAUGAAUCAAUACAAGAAGAUCUUUGGCACAUGUAGAGUACCAAAGAAAAAUGUGGAUGAAAUAGAAUUCAACUCAGAAUCAAGACACAUAAUAGUAGUUAGGAACAACAAUUUUUUCAGCAUUGAAGUUAUUAAGGAAAAUAUGAAAAGGUGUAGUUUUAAAGACAUACUAGGUAUGCUACAUUCCGUUUUGAACGAAUCAACUAAUUUAGGAGAUCCUGUCGGCAUUUUGACUACAGAAAAUAGGAAUAACUGGUCUAGAGCCUAUGAUGAAUUAAUUAAAGACCCACUAAAUAGGGAUUCGGUUGCCAAAAUUCAGAAAUCCUUAUUUUUGGUAGCUUUAGAUAAUCCCAUGCCAGAUUCGAAUGAUUCCCGCAGAUCUUUGGCUAGUAAACAAUGUAUUCAUGGAGGCGGAAGCAUGGCUAAUUCUGCGAAUCGUUGGUUUGAUAAAACUGUGCAGUUCGUCAUUGGUCAAGAUGGUAUAGUAGGUUUAACCUAUGAGCAUUCGCCUAGCGAAGGUCAACCUAUCGCAAGUAUGACUGAUUAUUUGAUAAAUUACAUUAAACAUAUUGAUACCAAUAAUAAUAUGUCCGAUACAAAAUUUGAUGGUACAUUGGAGAAAUUAGAAUUUAAAGUCAGUGAUACUUUAAAGUCCUACAUAAUUGAAGCAAAUGAAAAUAUUGAUAGAUUAGUGAAGAAUUUGGAUAUGGAUUGUUUUCAAUUUACUUCCUUUGGAAAAGAAUUUGUGAAAACUCAGAAACUCAGUCCAGACAGUUUCAUACAAAUUGCUAUGCAAUAUGCCUUUUACAGAAUUCAUAUGACUCCUGGGGCUCAUUAUGAAUCGGCUGCUACCAGAAAAUACAUACAUGGAAGAACAGAAACGAUUCGCUCUUGUUCCAUAGAGUCGAUCGCAUUCGCUAAAGCCAUGUUGGAUUCAAAGAAAACCAUUGCCGAUAAAGUAGUUGCACUGAAAGAAGCAAUUGAAUCUCACAAGAAAUAUGCUAUGGAGGCAGUCAAUGGUUUCGGCGUAGACCGUCACUUGUUGGGGCUCAAACUGAUAGCUCAGGAAAACGGUAUAGAGCUACCUCGCAUUUUCACAGAUCCAUCCUUCAAACGCAGCAGUCACAUGCGUAUAUCGACGAGUCAAGUAGCGACUAGAUGCGAUGGGUUCAUGUGUUACGCUCCGCUUACGGCGGAUGGUUAUGGGUGUUGUUACAACCCUCGGCCGUUCGAUAUAAAUUUUGGGGUUUCAGCUUUCGUAGCGCAUGCUGAUACUUCUGCGACGAAAUUUCGAUUGGCCCUUGAAGAGAGUCUUGGAGAUAUGCACGAUAUUUUAGCGAAAUCACAAAAGGCCAAAUUAUGA